AUGUUUCCAAGUUCACCAGAUGCAUUUCAUCAAUUACGUCUCCACAAUGCUUCAUUAAAGGCUUCUGAUAUUCAUUUACAAACCAUGGAAUUUAUGUCCCAUUCCACCGCUGUAUGUGAAUAUCAGAUGGAUAUGUUACAUCAUUUAUUAGCCACAGAAACUAAAACUUUACCCAGUUUAAUAUUAAUUGAACAACAACCAGAAAUCAAAUUAGGUAUGAGACCAUUGUUAUUGGACUUCUUAAUGGAAGUUAUCACCAUUUUGAAUUUAUCAAAAUCUACCUUUCCAUUAACGGUUAACUUGAUUGAUAGAUACUGUUCAACAAGAAUUGUCAAAAAGCAACAUUAUCAAUUGUUAGGAUUAACCAGUCUUUGGAUCAGUUGCAAAAAUUUGGAUUCUAAAUUCAAGAUUCCAACCUUGAAUGAUUUGAGAAAAAUUUGUGUUGAUAGCUACUUUAAGGAUUUAUUCAUUGAAAUGGAAAAGCAUAUCUUAAAAUCAUUGGAAUGGAAUGUUAACAGUCCAACAUUUGAUUCAUUUAUUGAUUUAUUUUUAAACAUUAUUGUUCACAACAAUAGCAAUCCUAAUGUGGCAUGUUUAAUUAAGAAGAAUCAUCAAAAGGUUAAGAUGUUGUCUACUUACGUAGGAGAAUUAUUUCAAUUCUAUCCAAACAUUUACUUUGAUUACACAUCAUCACAAAUCGCCUUAAUUUCAAUCUUGGUCAGUAUUUUAAUGUUAAAGUUGCCUAUUAAUUUGAUCAGCUUAUUGGGUUACUACAAUGAUAUCUUGAAAUCAGAAGAAUAUAAGUUGAAUAUUACUUAUGAAUCCGAAGCCGAAGAAUUUGAUGAGAUCUUAUCAAUUGCUUCUUUUGAGUCAUUAUUCUCAAAAUCUUUCUUCAAGAAUUUGGUUAAGAUCAUUGAUCAUCCACCAAAAUCAUUAGAAAUCAAAUAUUUUAGUGAAAGUAGUAGAUAUCAAGGUUUGAUGAAAUCAAUUGUUGUAUGUGCCAUUGAUUCUUUAACUACAUUGUUGGGUCCACCAAUGACUCCUAAGGUAGCUAUAAAUGUCAAUCCAAUUGCUCAAUCAAAUGAUUCUGGAUCUAAUGUGAGUUUCAAUAAUAAGAAGAUCCCUCAUACUUUGCCAUUAACUCCAAUUUCAAAUAGUACUAGCCCAAAAAGAUUUAAUAGUGAUGAAAUCUUUAAUGAUCAGGAUAAGAAUUCCAAUAAUAAAUCCAAUGGAACUAAUACUCCAAUGAGUCCAAUCAAAGGAGAGAUGAUGGUUACUACUACUGCACAAUUUGCUAAUGGUAAUGGUCAAUCUUCUAUGAACCCUCCGUUUCUUGUACCCAAGAAGAGAUCAAUUGAUGAUAUAGCCGAAAAUCAAGUAGGUCAAAUUCAAGGUUCACAAUCUGAUAGUCAUCUUAAAAGAGCAAAGAGUCUUAAUGCUGCUAAGCCUUUGUUUUUCAUUCCAUGA